AUGGCGGCAUGUUCUUCGUUUGCGGUGGUAUUUUUCUCCAGUUUUCUCGUUUUCCUUCCAUUUGCAGCUCCUUUAAGUGCAUCUCCUGGAUUGCUUUCUGAUUCCUACAGUCAAAUUGCACAAAAGUUUGGACUUUCAUUUCCAUUUCCCGUAAUUCCCAGUUUGUCUCUCAACGUCUCUGUGCAAUGCAACUACAGCCUCCACAAUCUGUUUAGUAACCCCACACUUCUGGAGUAUUGUAAGUAUGACUAAAAUAAACGCUUGAACGCGUUCAGUCAAUUUCAAGGUUGAAUUGAAAAACAAUUGGCCUUUUUUCUGUUUUAUUGCCAAAAGAAUGGAUUGUUUGCGCGAUCUCGCCGCCGGUUAUUCAUGGUGGCAAGUAUAGUUUGUUUAGUAUCAAACUUUAAUAGCAACUUUGACAACUAGGCGUUAAAUCACUUAAUCAGUUACCACUCACUCGAGAGAUUGUCGGCUGUUUUCUCAAGCUAGCAAAGUUGCAGCGCGCUACACUAUCUCGCAGUUAACCUGAUCGCAGGUAAUCUCGCAGUGCGUAACCUGAGCUGAUCUGGCCCAGUUUUUGCCGUGUCAUACGGUCACGCAGGGCCCAAUACAAACUCUCACGAGGCUGUUACGCUGCGGCCAGAUUUGGCUGCAAUGCUGAUUGACUUAUGUGGGAAUGCUGUAGGAUGUAAUUGGUUUAUGUAUAUAUUACAAUUACUAAAGGAGGAUAUUACCACCGUCCUGUCAUGCAUUACAUACACACGUACACGUAUUUUAAAACGUGACUAACACUUACCUAUAAAGCUAGUUUACAGGUCAGUCACAAAACUAAAAGCAAGCCUGGAAACUAUGUAAAAGUGUUUAAAAUGAUAUAUUAUACAGAAAAAACUGCUUAAAAUUAUAAAAUUGUUAAACUUAUAUUCUAAGAAAACUAGGUUAAAUUGCGAAUAACGAUCUAUAAACUUACAACUAUAUAAAAGUGUUUAUAUAGUACAUGGAAACUGCAAUAAGAUUAUAGAAACUAUGUAAUACUUAAAAUACUAAGAAAAACUAAGUUAAAUUGCGAAAGGGACUAUAAACUUUCAAGGUCGAGCUCCUUGAGUCCACGUUUAAAACUGCGAUAACUAUCAAUAUUUCUUAAAUUAUUUGGAAUAGUGUUCCAUAGUCGGGCAGCCUGGUAUCUCCAUGACUUGAUCCCAUACUUUGUUGAAUUUGACAGCAUUGACGGCCGAAUCCCAGUGUGGCUCAUUUCAAAGUGUCACCAUGGAGGCAACACAAAGGCACAAGAGAGAUACCCGAAACAAUUUUUUAGAAAUCCAGCAUACUCUGCGUAAACUGUAUUGAUUGUACAAUAGAAUUUCACGAAGUAGCUACAGAUGCCCUUCUCAGGUGUAAGAUUUUGUUUUGUAUGUAAAUAACAGGGAUCCAUCUCCAUUUUUUUAUCAGAGUUGUCAGCUGGGCAAGUAAGCUUGAUGGCAUACUUGCCCAGUUCCAAUUUAUUUAGGUUGCCUGGACAAAAGUGCAAAAUUAUAGAAAGAACGGUGAUAAAAUUGUGUGCAACUUGAACAUUUCUGAUUUGCUCUUUAUUUCCAUUAUAGUUACUAAUAAAGGGCUUCAACUUAACUGUAAAGAAAAACAGGCUUAAGGCCCGAGUCUAAACACCAUGUAGACACAGUCGUAGAUACAGCAAAAUUUGCUGUAUCUACGACUGUGUCUAAAUGGUAUUUAGACUCGGGCCUAAUGUGGCAUUUAAUCUAGACAGUCAAAUUUAAUUGAUUCAAACGUCAUGCUUCACAUGCAUUUAACUCUCGCAUUAAGUUCGCACAUGUGAAAUUCGACUUGUGAAACGGGCCUUACUGUCUUUUUUCUUGCCGUUUUGAAGGAGGAAAAUGUCUUCAUGUGAAUUUUCAGUUAAUGUAGGUUUCUAUUAUACAGGAGGCCAUGCACAAAAUGUGUUUUAGUGCUAUCCUCCGAUAAAAUCAAGUGUGAUAAUCUCCCAAUGCAGCACCAUUGGCAAUUGAUUAUCAUCCUUUAAUAGCCCUUUUGGCGGAAAUGGAAAGCAGGCCUUAUUCUCUUAAUUCAGUUCUUCCCCACUUAGAAAUUUCGGAUAAUCAUAUGUUUCUGGGAAACUGCCCACCUACUCCUCCCUAAGCCAACACCAACACUUAGCUCUCACUUGGGGCAAAAUGUUGGCUUAGGGGAGGGGUAGGUUUCCCAGAGACGUAUAAUGAUCCCAAAUUUUCUAACUGUCACCAGAGAUUAUAGGUGAUCAAAUUUCCUUUCUUAUUUAAUUAUGAGACCAUGAAAAAGACAAUACUCAAGUGUUUAACAUGUUAAUUGUCAACAAAAAAUAGAAUGAUAUUAUAUUAUUAUAUUUUUUUCGUGCAAUCAUAGAUUGAAUUUUUUUCCUCAUACAUCUUGAAAAGAUUUUGAUCAAUGAUUGAUUUUAAUUGAUAAUCAACAGAAUAAUGUUAGAUUCAUUAUUUUUUUUCAGACUUGGAUGCUACUGGUAAACCUCCAAGUGGAAUUCUAGUUGGAAAUCUUGCCUGGUUAGGAUCGUAUGAAGAGUGCACAAAGUAUGUUCCUGGUGCACAUUACUGCAUGGCCUUCUUUGAUACACCUAUUCAACCACUGACCAAGGUGAGAAUGCUUUCACCAUUAAUUUGAUUACCAUCCAUGUUUGUGAUGGAACUUGAGAAAUACAUUGUAACUUGUGAAUGGCAAAACCACAGCUUAGUAUCAAACAAAUAUGUUUCCCAUUAUUUGUGUAGCAUUAUAUCAAGUCAUUUCAAAUGUUAAAAAUAACAAAAAUGAAGUUUGAAGAACUGUUAGGCUGACAGGUUUUCAGUGCAAUCAGGGUGCAAAGGAAGUCAGUUUUACAGCUUGCCAUUCGGGCAAGCUGUAGCUAGUAUGUACUAGCCUGAAAAGCAUAAAACUAGCCUGAAAAAAGAUUUGAUGAGCAGGAUUGAUUACAUUUCUUCUGUAAUUUGAAUUCCCCCAAAAAAAAUCACUUACCCAUCAGGCAAGUUAAUAACAGAAUUCACUAGUCUGAUAGCAAAAUCCACUGGUCCCAGGUUAUCGAACACCAUUUUCUUUGCAUGCUGGCAAUCCAUUUCAAACUUCUUUAAGUUUGGCAAUCCGUGUCUUUAUCUGUAAGGAGACAGUGUGGCCGAGCGGUUAGAGCAAUGGAUUUGUAAUCCAGAGGCUCCGAGUUCAAGUCUUGCCCUAACUGCUAGCUGGAUUUGUUCUCGGUAGUCCUGAGCUCAAAUCUACAGCCAUGCUUGUAAAUAGCCCAACCUUACUGGUGUGCCUCCUACCAGUUGGGAUUUUUAACCUUGUUUUUCCAUUUAGAUUUAUUUGUUUCAUUGUCCCUAAAAAGCCCCAUAAGGGGAGUGGAUAAUUAAGUACUUCGAAGGUUUUACUUCCUAAAAGAAGACUGCAUAAAUUCAUACUUUUAGUGGCAGAAGUGUUUUGCAGAAUGCUGAAUGCAGAAUGCAAAGGGCCAAAUGACUCUGAAAUUUAGUGAUUAUGGUUAGGAAACAGAGUGAAUCAAUUUCCAUUUAGAGUCAUUAUACCGGAAAAGUUCAGUGGCGGUUCCAGGGGGGGCCCCUUAUUUGUAGACCAAACUAAGGGCCGAAGGUCCAAAAAAAGUUUUUGGAGACCAGGCCCCCCUCUCAUCUCAGGGUCUAGAUGACUGGGCCCUUUCCUUAUGUUAAGGUCUGGAUCCGCCAGUGAAGUUGACCUUCACUCUGUUUCCUAACCCUAAUCACUAAACUUCGGUGUCAUUUGCCGUUCUGCAUUCUACAUUCAGCGUUCUGCAUUCUGCAAAUAAAAUACCCGUGCUGAAAAUGAUGGGUGUAGGCAACUUUUAAGUGCUGGUACUCCUUAUUUACUAAGAGUAACUUUUCUCUUUUCUAUUUUUCCAGGCAUUUCCUUUACAGUGGGGAAUAUGUGCACCCAAACAAUGUGAUGAGCAUGAUUUAACUAACUUGGUGGAUAAAUUUCUUGCCUGUAAGUUAGCCAUUGUUUAUAUUAAAACAUUUAUUUUUUCAUUUAUGGUAACUAGGACUGCAGUGAUACGUUUCUUCUGCAUUAUAUGAUACAGAUCAUAUACAUGGUGUACAAAAGCAUGGUGUAGUACUUAUUUGAUUAUAAUCAAUGAUCAACUGGGCAGCGCGCAAAAAAGGUGGUGUCUGAUAUCCGGAAGCUAAAGCGUAUUUUGCUAUUGGGCUAGUGAAUAAUGUCCAGCGCUGGCCACAAGAUCCCUACUUUCCUUUUUCAUCCUUAUACAAUGUAGUUCUCCACGGUGUGGAAGUGUGAAAGAACCCUAUACUUUCCUUGCUCAUCCCUAGUUCUACACUUGCACGUGAAGUUUUCCGGGGGAAUUCAAAUAAUUUUAUAGAAGUGUAAUCAAUCCUGCUGGUCAAGAUUUUUUUUUUCGGGGGCAGGGGGGGCAAGUCAAACUGACUUUCUGGAUAGUACAUGCUAACUUCAACUUGCCCCAAAAGCAAGCUGCAAAACUGUCUUUCUUUGCACCCUGAGGGGCAGUCUGAUUUUUUCAGAUGGUCAAUGUCGACUUUAAUCUUCACUGGUUCAUCUUAGAGCGAUUUUUGUAUGACCUUGAAAUAAAAACGCGCAAACAAACAGAAAUAGCGCAAUUUGAUUGGUUCAUCAAACAGAUACAAACAUGCAUGGUAUUUGGUUGGUUAAGCGAACCUUGGAUGAAAAACCUUCAUGCUGGAGAACUUUCUAGAAAUCAACCGAUACUUCGCUUUGACUUCAUACUGCAACAUGAUUAGCCAAUCGAACAAUGCCUUCUCCAUAUUAGGUUUUUCUUUGGCGGGAAAAAGAAGAGGCCAUGUUUUGACCUCUUUAUCCAUUGGCUGAUAAAACAAAUAACGAACUCUUGCCAAAACCAUUUUUCAAGGUCAUACGAAAAUUGCUUUAUCAGUGGUCCUUUUUUUCCAAGUGAGCUUUGUCAGAAUUACCCCACCAGACUAAACUGUCUGUAAAUGGAGUAUGUCUGUUCCAGCUGAACUGCACUAUACUCAGCUCUUGUAGAAGGACCAGCCUCACUCUCUUGUGUGAAUAAUUACAAGAAAUUUGCUAACUAACAGUGAUUUAGGAGAAUAGAGAUAAUUAAAAAAGAGUGUAAAAGCUGAGGUUUCGCAUCAUCAUGAUGUCAUUGGCAAAUUGCCUUCUUGAUAGACACCAGCUCAUGAUUAAACGGAACUUUUUCCUGCAGCAUUUGCCUGAAAAUUAGCGGUGCACGGCUUGUCUGUGGGGAGAAAUCUGUGACUGACCACUUUUCAAAUUUGCUUUUCUCUAAAUUUGUUAUUAUAAAUGUCAGUUGUUAAAUGUUUUUGUGGAUUUUACUUAUGUUUUACUCGUAGUGAAAAUCAAUGUCAAGGUUAAUAGUAGAAUGGAGUAUUUUAGGUAAAAAAUAUGUUUCUAGUACCGUGAUCAAGUCACGUCUUCUCUCUAAAGUCAUCAUAAGCCAAUCAUGACUCACGAUUUAAUAGCGUUGAACUUUCUCAAAACUCAGUUCAGUCAAAAAACAAACAGCAGCACUUCAAACCACGAGUUUUUGCACUCAUUACAUGAUAACUUAUGAAAGCUGUUUUACAGGAAAAGUCAACACAUAUUCAUGCGAACGUACAAUGAAAGAAUACGUUCAUGGUUUGUUUACUACAGAAGUAGAAAUUAAUUGAACAUCAGACUGUACGCAGCUGUAUUUUGUUUAGUCGAUCCGUAAGAAUUUUGUUGUUACAGACGGAACUGACAGCUAUUGUAAUAGAGGACUUCAUUCACUUUUUACAAGCCGCAGUGGUUUAAUAUCUGUUUUCUGGACUUAAUUAUGAUCAAGAAAUGCCGCGGUAAUGACGUGGCUGCAUUUGCGAAGUUGUCGCAUGUAACUUUAUAUGCACGUACAGCGACCGAUGGAAGUAUGUCAGUGGUGGAGAAAGGUUUCUUUGCCGUAGCCACAUAUUGGCGUUAAUAUUUGUCGAUUCGUGAAGUGAGGUGGUUUGAGGUAGGUUAUGGCAUCGAUAUCACUGAAUAAUUCGUGCAAAUGUUGGAAAAAACCAGCCCGAAACUCUGACAUCUUUCAUCAACGUUGGCAGCUUUUUUACAACCUACAGCGGCCGAUUUUGUACCCAUAUCUUGAUCAGAGAUCUCUUUUUGGAACAAGUAUAGGCACAGUACUAGAUAAGGAAUUUAAGUUUGAGAUAAAAUAAAUCAAGAAUGCUAAAACUAUCCGUUUUGUUGCUGGUUGGCUUAUGGUUAAGUUUUCCUAGAGACUUUCUACACCAGAAAUUCACACAGUUGUUGUCUUUCUCUGCGAUUUGGCAUCGUCGUGAAAUGUAAACUGUUUUCCAACUUUGUACUUUAUAACUUCUAAAGCUAUAUGGCAGUAGCGAAUUGUGACGCUCAGUAAUAAAAUGUGAAACCAACGCUUUUAAUAUUAAGAAGGGCUGGGUAAGUAACUUGUUCUGUUUUUUAGCCUUUCUAAAAUCGUUAUUUCAGAACAAUAGCCGGUUUUGUUUAUGGUUCGUGGUCCGGAUGCCUUUUUCUAUGGGUUUACCGGUAUAAUAAACCAUAGGUUUUUGACCAAUCAGAUCAUGCGUACUAUCUCAGUUAUUUUAUAAUUAGUGAUAGCACUCAAAAGUAUAACAAUAUAACAUAGUUGACAGCGUGAUCAGAGUACGAAAAUUAUAUGCUCUCUCUUUUCCUUUUUAGUCCUUAAAUUAGUUAACAUAACGAUUGAAUUGAGUCCACGAGUUGCUGAAGCAGGAAGCAAAGAGGCUAAACCUAUUUACUGCAAGAAAGAACCAGAAUACACAACUGGGGUAAUAAUUACUCUGUAAGUACAUAGCUAUAUGAAUCUUUGAAAUAAAAAUUGCGCAGAAUUUAUAGUAUUAUGUUACAAAGUGAAAGAAAGCUGGGUUAUUUACUUGGAACAAAUGCCACUAAAUCGUAGUCAACAGUUACCAGCACCGUACAAAUGACUUAUGGACAGAUCAGAAUCAAGCAAAACUAACUACGAAAAGAAUGACUGGACGACCCAGGGGGCACUUGGGUAUUUCUUGGGUGGUAUGUGCCACCAGGAGUCCAAAUUGGCACUCCGUUCUAAAAAAAAAUUUCCCCUAAAAUUGAUACCCUGUUCUAGAAUUCGCCCUAAAACUGAUACCCGUUCUAGAAAUGGGCCAAUUUUUAUACUCCGUUCUAAGGUGCAAAAGUACAACAGUUUGCUUGUUAACGAAUUGAACUGUAUUUUUAAAAGCAAUCUGUCCUUGAAUAAUUUCAAAUGGCUGCUUACAAAACUGGAGCUUUCGUGCGUUCGAAAUAUUAUACCCCUCUGAAAUGGAUACCCUGUUCUAAAUCAGGAGCUUCAAAAUCACGACCCUGUUGGGUGGCACAUACCCGUAUAGGUAAUGUAUGGGAGUACCCCACCCCCGGGCUGGACGACUGACAAUAUUUAUUUGGCUAACAAUAAACAAUUGUUUGACUGCGACAAGACAUGGAUCAAAACGCACCAAUGACAUUACAAGUCCCGAUAACCAAUAACAUCAUGGCUUAACUGACUAAUUGACUAACUGACUGACUAAUUGACAUUUUAAUUGAGCAGUCAGGUCAAAUAACCAGAAUUUAAUACCAUCAGCUAAUGUGAUACAACUCACUUUGACUCUGAAGAUGACUACCGCACAGGUUGUCAAAAUGUCAGUCACUGUCAACAACAGAAGUCCUAUUCAGGACUCAACCACCCAGACAAUCAUACUCAACCUACUUAUGAUGGUAUUAUUUAUACAGAACUGGCUCAUGUUCUUAAACUUCAACUUGUUUAAUCAGAACAUAGUGAAUUCACAUGUGGCCAUGACAGUAAACUGUGACAAAAGCAAGCCCAAGCUGUGCAAAUACUAAAAUUUGAUUGGACAUUAACACAGUGCAAUAUCAUCACAUUAUACAUAAGAAUAAUAAUUAUUAUUUAUGUGCAAUUUAGGCCCAAGCUAACCUAGCUCAAGUAUUCUGUCAUAAAUUUGCAAUAUUGUUCUGCUAUGUGAUCAAAGUAAUGCAAAUUGUUGCUGCAAAUAUCAAUAUGUUUUUGUUUUUACAAUUUGUAUCAUGUAUUGGUGUGCCGAUGAUCAAUUAUAAUCAACCAUCAAUGGAAAACUUUAAGCUGCACGAUAAUAAAUUUGUAGAAAAUGUUCAAUAGAUUAUUGUGGGGAAAAAAAAUGUCACGUUGGCAAAUAUGGGUAUUAAAUACUUGUUUGUUGUCUUUUUAUCAUCUAUUAUUAUUAUUCAAGGAGAAAGAGAAUUUAAUCACCUCAAAGCACCAAAAAAUUUUGAGGUCCAGCUGAGAAUCAGACUCACAGCCCUGUGAGUCCUAGAUCAGAUGCGCCAACCACUGAGUUACUGAAACUCUGUGAUAUUUGAGCAUAAAAUAAAAGUUGAUGUUGGCAAGCACUAACUUGUGAGCCUGCAGAUCACUGCGGUUUACCCCACAUGGUCUUUCCUUAUCUAGCACUGGGAGUGUGCCUAUGCUAAAUUCCCUCUCAGUCAGCACUUUCUUCUAUCACUGCAAGUUCAAGCAGCAAAGUUGACCCUUCCAACCUCCUGUUAUUAUAGGCUUCCUGUAGUUGCUUGUCUUUUAUUUUACUUUCUGCUUAUUAUUUGUUUUUUGUUUUUUCUUUGUGUUCAAUGAAUAAAUUUACGGUGGGGAAUUGCUGCCUGCGGCACCCCAUCAGCCUUGUGCUGAAGCCCCAUCACAGAACUUGGCCAAGGACAUUAUCCCAGCCACAGGGAUGUGUGAACCAUGCUUCCCUUGCAGUACAGGCAUGAGGCACCCUCUCGGCAUGGCACCAUAUGCUGAGACCCCUCAUCUGGUGGGUUAUCUGGUCGGUGGGUUCUAACCGAGCCUUGCUGGCUUUUCCCUGCCCAAUUUCGUCUACCAAAGCCUUGUGUGUUGUGUUAUUUCUUAGUCUUGUCGCUGCACCUUAACAUUAAUGCCCCUUAUGUGAAACAUAUUGAAUGUUUGAGAUGAUUACAGUGCUGUAUGUGGCCAUAAAUCAUUGCAUCUUUGAAAUGGUCUUGAAAGGUUUGGUGUCAAAGUGUGGGUUUGGUAAUGAAAUGUUUUGUUGAAUAAUUUGUUGUCUUUUCUUGUUGUAUUUAGAACCUUGUGUGGAAUAAUCUUGUCUCUCUGCCUUGUUGGAACAGUCCUUGAUGUACUCAUUAGCUUUUUUAAACCACGCCCAUCAACAGUGAACAAAAGUGAUGGAUUCAUGCCAAUCAGAAAUGUUUCCAUAGCUACUGAUAAUGAUCAGGCUCCUCCUCAUGUUCCAGUCUUUGGAAAACAUGAUGGAAUCAGCGACAACUCACAAAUGAUUCAUUCCAUCCCUCCUGAGGGGACAGUUAGUUACAGUUCUUCAUUAACCAGCUUUCCUGAACAGCCAAAGGAACCAAGUAAGUUUUGAAUGUUAUCAGAUAACUGUUUUAAACUGAUUCUUGCCGGCUUCAGUUGGUGCUCUUAUUUAUUUUACAACCUGUUGAGCCAAGACUGUUAAACAUAGCACCAUGAAGCCAUAAUUGGCUUUUACUUGGCGGGGAUUGGGGGGUGGGGUUGUUGGUGAAAUGGCCAAUUCCAAGGGAGUGACUGGGAGAAAGGCUUGUACAAUGAUUAGGGCAGCUUUCUGUCUUGCCCUUUUCACCUAUCUCUGCUGCAGUAAGGUCACAUACUGUGGGAUCAAUUUCCUGUGUAUCUUUUGAACCAGAUUUCAGGUUUGCCUGCAGCAGACAUCAGUUUUUCUUAUUAGGUUAUCUAAGAAAGUGAACAUUAUCGUCGCAGUAGAAUGAACAACCAAAGCGUUUGAAAAAAAAAAAAAUCCUGAAAAGAAAUUUAGGCUUGGCUGGGAAUCAAACCCUGACCUUUACAUUGGCUGGACACAGUGCUCUAUCUAUUGAGCUAAUCAAGCUAGCUGGAGAGCAAACCGUUGUGACAGGGUUGCCAUGGUCAGAGAAAAGUCAAGCAAAAACGAAAAUUUUUCAAGGUAAAGGGAAAAGUCAGGGGAAAAUCUUUGAUAUUGUCAAAGUCAGUGAAAAGUCAGGGAAUUCUGUUUUCUGGUUUAUAGUUCAUAAGUUUUCUUCAAGAUUUUGAAAUGCAUUUUCUUUUGGAAAAGACGAAAAGUAUGCUACAAAGCAAGGAAAGCAAUCAAUUUGACACUCUUCGUCUGACACAUGUAGUAUUUGUGGUCAGUGGUUUUUGUUGUAAAUGCUUUCUUCCAACUUCCGUCUUCCUCUUUCCACGAAAAGCGGAAAUAGGGUGAAAAUGAAGAGAAACUAUCACUGGCCUGCAAAAAUAGCUAAAGUGAAUGUAAACAUGGAUUGUUUCUCAUUAAUAAAAGGUCAGUGAAAACUGUUUAAAGGUCAGUGAAAAGUCAGGGAAUUUUUAACUUUCUGAUGAGUGGCAACCCUGUUGUGAGUUCGUAAUAUACCUGAUGGUGGAAUUGACAUGAAUUGGUGAAAUGAAUCAUAUUUUGAACUGCAGAAAGAGAUCAUGUUCACUUUCAUAUCUACACUGAAUAUUUUUGUUGAUUGUGAAAGGCAAUUUAUUUGUUUAAUUGUUUUUUUUAUACACAGAUGUGGUGGCAAAAUUUCUUUUGUGUUUUUCUCUUAUCCAAAACACAAACCGCAUUUUGAGUACUAAAGUUCCUCCAGGCGCGAUAACAUCAAUCAAUGGCAUGAGAGUAUUGAGUAUGUGGUGGGUUAUACUUGGACACUGUUAUGCUUUUCAGGUCAUGACUGGUCUUCCAAGUAAGUUAUUUCAUAUUUUUAUCACCAAUAAACUCCCAAAAAUUUAUUUUAGAAGAAGAAAUAAUUCUAGUAGGCAGCAACUGUUUCAAUAUUUUAAAGGCGAAAAGGGCCUUUUGUGCAACCCUGGAUCUGAGGAGUGUCAGUGUAGGUAUGAGAGGGGGAUUGUUAUUUCCUCUCAUUGGGUGGCUUGGCCACUACUUUUGCAGCUUUAGGAUGGUGUAGUUCACUCCUCAGUUCCUUAGACAUCACAUCUUUGGUCACUCAUCAGAGACAAUAUUCUGGGCCAUUAUUUUAAUGGAGUUUAGCCAGUGUUUCACAAAACUGUGUUCUUAGUCAUUUUCACACUAUUUACCGUGAACAGUUUCACGGAAGUAUAUAGGGUAGACUAGAGAAGCAUUUAACAAAUAACCCAUUAAGAAAGGGCUCUUGCAGUCCAUUGAUGUCUGAAACCACAACCUAAGUUAGACCUCCUUUAACCCAUUCGCCCCUGGCAUUUUUGCCGAAAAACGCGUUUUGAAGCUAUAGUCAAGCGGUUUUCUGGUCACUAUCCUGCUAUAUUGAGCUAAAACUUACCAUAAAGCCAUUUACAGGUCGUACACUUUGCGGCCUUCUGAUCCAGAUGGAAAAUAUAUUAAAAUAAAAUAGAUUAUUACUGCCAAACACUUACCCCUUAAAGCCUUAACUAUAAGCAAGGCUGGCUGCGGACACCAGGAAUAGAAACUAGAAACCACUUGCAUUUAGUGUGUCUUCUGGUGAGUGAUGUGUCUUUGUAUGUUUUGUAGGUAACCUUUUUACAUUUUUUGGCAUCAUUAAACGUUUCACAUUUGAAGCUAUUGGAAAUGCAACCUUUUCAGUGGACAGUUUCUUUUUCUUGAGGUAUGUUAUGAUUAUUACAUAUACAUUAUAAAUAAUUAUAGUAAAUAAUGAUAAAUACUCAAUUAUCUCCUCUCUUUAUGAGGCUUUUCAGGGAUAAUGAUACAAAUAAUUUAAAUGGAAAUAACGUUGAUGGUAAUUAAGAAUCCAGACAGGUAGAAGGCAAACCAGUUAGCAUUUUGCAAGCUUGGCCGAGGAUUUGAACUCAAACUAGUGGUCAGGACCUCAAAAUUAGUGGUCAGAGCAGGGCCUGUGGAUUACAAGUCCAGUGCUGUAACCUGUGGGCCACACAGCCUCCACAGUAACGUACCAGGGGAGAUUUACAUGCUCCUUUAUGUGGUUUAAGUCUCCAAAAGCUGGUUUUGUUUGCAUGAUGGUAAUAAAACAGAUUUGUGUAAUUCUAAACAUUAAUUUUAACAUUAAUGUAUUGUGGAAAAACUGGGAAGUUAAGGCAUUUAUCAAACAUGAUCAGACAGUAAAGGUCGAAUCAAAUAUCUGGAUUUUAGCCUGCAAUGAAAACGAAAACACUUGUUUUUAAUUCUGGAAUACAGUCAAUCGAAAGUACCCAAAGUGUCUUUUGUGGGGAGGCAUCUGUUAAGAGAUAGUCAAGUGAAGACUUACCUUUUGAUUCUAAUCCUUUUGUACUCAACAGCGGCUUCUUAGUUGCAUAUUUGUCUCUUCGGCACAUGCAGAAAAAUAAUGGACAGCUUCCACUCUUCAGUUACUAUUUUCAUCGCUUUUGGAGGUGAGAGAACAGCAGACAUACUCUCCUUUUUUGUUCAGGUGAAAUUUGUGCAUCCAUCAGCAUGUGUAAUUUCAAAAGUAAUGUUAGUGUGCUUUGAAUGAAAAAUGGGAGAAUUCUUGUGAAAUUUCCCCAGUAAUGAAAAUUUAUAUUCAUCACCAAUGGAUGAGUUUGGGUGCUGGUGUUGUUAGUGGAGCUGGGCAAUACUCUAGCACGAGAAAGGGAACCCUGGGAGCAUCCUCCACAAGACGCUGUGACACUCAACUCAACUGUUUAGUAGAAUACUAAACUACCAAUUAAAUACUUACCUAUAUAUCCCCUUAAGAAGGAGGGGUUGGGAGAAACACAGCACUAAAACAGCAUGCAAGUAACAAUGCUACAGGAGAAGAUACCUUGUGAAGAAAGCAACUGCGUAAAAACAAGACACCAUACAAUAAUAUUGUAGUGGGGAAAACUGCAAACCAGCUUUGUUUCGAGGCUAAAUUACAUUUAGCCCGUAAAACAUGAAGUUAGUAAUACUAGUGUUACAAUGUUAUUAUUCAGUUAAUGUUUUGAACAGAGUCAUGUCUUUUAAAACUAUGGGGAAUAUGAUUGGCCAGGUGAGUGUAGCCUGCCCUACCAAAAGAUCACAACCCCCUCUCCAGAGUUCCUCGAUCACAGUCUUUCUAAACUGUGAUCAGGCAGUCCUUCUUCCCUUAUUAGGGAGCUUUAGCAUCAACGACGGCUAUGGCAGUGCAAAUGUCACUUGUAAAAUGAAUCUGCCUUUUUUCAAACUUUGUCGCGUCUCUUCCAAUUCGCUGACAAUGUCAAAUGAAGGUGAAUUUCCUUUGAGUUGAUUUCUUAGGGGACCGUACUCAAGUUUAAAAAGAGAAAGAAAAAUUCGACAUCGCUGUGUUUACGUCCUCCAUAAAACGUGAAAUUAGGCAUUUUCACGUCGUAGUCGUGCAGUGACUGCAACGAAAUGGACAGAAAAACGUGAUGUCUGUGCAAAGUUGUUGUUUUGCUUAAUAAGCCUAUUGCUUUUUUGCCGUUCUCUUUGAAGUCGCGGUCGUCGUUGCUAAAGCUACGGAGGGAGAGAAGCGACGACCGGAAAUGCGUCUGCGGUUCGCAGGCUAGGAGAAAGGAGGCCUGAUACUUAAAGCAUCGUCUGUCUGUAGUCUUUCCUUCCCCCCUCACCCACCUGAUCGCAGGUUACAGUCCCUCCUGUACAUUUGACAUCAUUUUCCAGGUAUUGCAAAAGUCUUCAAAAUUUGGUCUGAACAAGCUGGUUAUGGUUGAAGAAUUAGCCAUGUGAUUUUAGCCAAUCAGAAACAUAAAAAUAUUUUGAAUGUAUAAUAAUAAUGUUGAUGAUGAUGUCAGUGAUGAUAACAAUAAUAAUUAUAAAUAGCUGCAAGUGAGUAGCAGUUCUUGGUUAAAGUUCCUAAUAUUACUUGUAUCACUAAUACUCCGCAGAUUGACUCCAACAUACAUGUUUGUUUUACUGUUUUGGAACAAACUGACAGUAUUUCUUGGUGAAGGCCCCAACUGGCUUAAUUAUCAGUCAGAUGAAGCUUGUAACAAAUAUUGGUGGACCAAUCUGCUCUACAUCAACAACUUUUAUCCUACAAAAUUUGGUGCUUCAGUAAGUUGUUGAUAUUAUCAUUAUUACAAUUUAUUUUUGUUUGGGGCUAAUAAUGAUAUAUUUUGGUAGAUCAGUAUUUUAAGAGAGUAGUUUGAAGCACUAUGUGUCCAUCUUAGAGACAGGGCUGUCAUUAAGAGGCGGGGGCCAGGGAUUUCCCCUGGAUAGUAUGAACAUGAACCCCGGUUACUUUCAUCGCAAAAUGGAAGAAAAAUAGAAGCAAAAGAAAUCCCCUAGUUGUUUGAUUCCCCACCUACUUGUUGUAUUUACCCGACAACUUGACAUCUUUGUGACAUCCCUGUAAAGUAGAUGUCUAUCUUGGAGGAAAUCAAGUAAAAGUAGCAAUCAAAGGCAGGGACCCACCCUAGGUGUCUGUUGUAGCAAAGUUUCUAUCUUACUAAUUUAAUUAAUUUUAAUUUAUUCCAUUUUCACUGCAUUAGUUGAAAUAAAGGUAUCACACAUAAAACAUAUACAUAUAUAUAUAUGUAAAGAAAACUUAGCUAAAUUACAUAAGAGAAAAAUUAACUACAUACUAGAAAAAAAAAAGAAAAAAAUUAUUGCAGUGGGGAAGGACUAGAAGGGAAAGUGGAAAGUGCACUUAGCUUAUCCAGCUAGUUUACAGGCACUCCACUCAAAUACUUAGAAACAAAUAAUUCAAAUAUCACAUAAUAGGAUCAAGAACCGCAACUGACAGGAGGCAAACAGUUGGCUAUUUACAAGGGUGACCGAGGAUUUGAACUCGGGAUGACUGAGAACAAAUCCAGCAAGUUGCCAGAGCGGGGCUCUUACUCGGGAUGCGCUGACCGAUGCGCUGACCACUCGGCCAGGCUGCAUCCUCACAUUCUGGGGCUUAUACUGUUGAGCGCUACUAUUGUUCAAACCCAAACAUCAAUGUGCUUUUCCCAUUAAUUACGACCUUAAUGGUCACUAAUGUUAAUUUUGGGUGUUAUUCUGACCUUUAUGUUUGAUAAAGCAGUGUAGUUAUGAGCAAGAAUUAAAUCCUCUUUAAGGAUAAAAACUAAAUCACUCUUUUCACACCUUAGCGCCUUUUUUAUUACAGCAUUUCAAAUGAUUUUCUUUUUCUCUCUUCAGUGUAUGGGAUGGGCUUGGUAUCUCGCUAAUGACAUGCAAUUCUACAUAAUCGCUCCCGCUAUUCUUUUUAUGGCAUACAGGUAACGUGUCUUGACAGCUUAAAUUCUAUUGCACUUUUCUCUAUUGUCAAGAAGCACGAUAACAUUUACUUUUUAACGUUUAAUUUAAGUGAGAAAAAGACUACAUCUAAAUUGAAGUGAUUACAAUUUUCUUUUUACCCUUUGCUCGGGUAUUCACUGCAAGAAAGUUAUAUUUCCUCAUUGGUUUGCACGUGAAGUUAUGUGACGACUCAUUGUCCGUGUAAGAGAGUGGACUACUGUUCCCCAAAGUAUUCGAUCCGUUCCUAGACACAAAUUUAAGGCCUCCUAACAUGAGCUUCUUUCACCUUUUUUGAAAUUGGAGGAUACUGAUAUUGACACAACCAAUUUAAUACAUAAAUUAAGAAGUCUGCCGUAAAUGUAAAUUUAGUUCGUAAUUUCGUAAUAUUUUCUUACAUAGUUUCUUGUUUUGCUACUUUUUGCUUGAGGCCAAGUCUACGCUAUACAGCGGACAGUUUUUCAUGCCGAUAUGAAAAGCUAUCCGAUAAACGGCAACUGCACCGAACUGGAACGAUUAUUUUGUUCACACACAUCGAACUUCGUACACGAUUUAACCAGCACAUCCGUGCUCCUAGGUGUUCUUUCUCCACUGAUAUUUUUCAGUGUGACGGGUGCCUGUUCGUUUCCUUUUGUAUGGGGCCUCAUAGCUGGGUUGCGGUGUUGUGCCAGCCAUGGGGGCAUCCAUACCCUGAGAUAAAGGGUACCCGGUCCCAAAAAAACUUUUUUUGGGCCCUUCGGACCUCAGUUUGGUUUAAAACUAAUCCGCCGUACCUAAAAAGAUGGCGACUGGUUCAUUUACCCACAGUUCUUAGCGCAUGAAAACCAUAAAAUUGCUCAUAAAAACGCACAGAAAAGUUUUAUAAACUUCAAACCUGGGAUAGGCAAUUUUGCUAUUACAGGGACGAAUUUCGCCCCCCCCCCCAAAUAUGACUUUAUGUGCAAUUGGCCGUGUUAGGUUCGAAAGGAGUUGUGGUAAAAUGUACAGCCGCCGUUUUUUUCCUUACGGCGGAUUGGGAGGGGGGCAGGUCCCCUCCCCUGGAUCCCCCACUGUAAUUCAUGUUGACGAAAGAGCUAUCCAGUAUAUUGUGGGCAUAGCCAAAGUUUUAUGGUGACGUAAAAUAUGAUUCUAAUAUAAUGAUUUGCAUUUGAUUCUUUAGGUUUCGUCUUGUGGGAAUGCUGAUUAUUGUUGGUGUGCUUAUGGGUGCCAGUUUUAUUACAACAGCCAUUAUAUUCGCUCACUAUGACCUUGCAGCCGUGCAGCUGGGAGCCGAAGCACAAGCUGAGGCGUAAGAGCUGUUUUCAGUGUUAAAGCCAUAAACUUUGAGCCUUGAACUUACCUUAGGAUGAGACAAACGAAAAGUGAUACCUAUUUAAGGCUCGAACCUGCAAAAACUAAGGAUUUCCUAAUACUCUUAGGUGAAGUUCAGUUUUAACAGAUUUGUCUCUCUUGUAGCUGGGUAGUAACGCACUUGAAUUUUAGCUGAUAUAAAAAUGGUACCCUAUCUAAGGAUCACACUGGGGACACAAUGCCAACAAGUGCAAAAUGAUACCCCGUUUAAGAAAAGAGACCGUCAUGCCUGUCUAUAUGAAAAAAUGAUUCCACUUUUCUUUUGUACAAUGUUCCAGUUUGUAAGAUGUGCUUGAUUAAAAGACCUUACGCAUAGGAUCAGCUGCAUUUUCUUAGAAAUUACGGUGACAUGUUAGUCCAUGUUACCUUGACUCUCGUAAGCCGGACACCUCUCAAAGACCAACAGUUAAGGCCGGUUCCGAAGGGGCAACGCUUCUGGCGGAACCUUGACCUCCUUAGGGAUAUCUGAAAAAUAUCGUGCGUGGAGCUGGGAGGGGGCCUGUGUUUUCUAGGGCGAAGUGGGAAAUUUCGAGGACUUGCGCGCGUGAGAAGAGAAAAGGAGAGGAGGCCUCCCCACCCCUGCGUGCGAUCCUCUCGCGUGACCUGUAAAAAAGUAAUAACCGCAGGCAAGAUAAGAAAUUUCAAUAUCCAAUACACUAAUGGGUCACAACAGUUCUGCGGAUACCAGGUAAUGUGUAAGUAAUUUUGUUGUUGUAGGGUUAAAGGUAUAGAUGCUAGCUCUUUGACGUAUGUGAAACCGUACUGUCGCAUUGCACCGUACCUUGUUGGUAUGCUGUUAGGAUACAUAGUUCUACACUUCAGGGACUGGAAGAUGCCCAAGGUAAUUUGUUCAUACAAACGUACAUUACCCAUUUGUUAAUUACAGAUAAGAUUACUUAGAUAAGACAAAUGUCCUGAUGUGGCGGACUCCAGUUGUAGUAAAUUGGAACCCCGUUCCACGGACAUCCGUAUAUAAUGGACAGUUUGGUAUGUCCCGGCGAAAAGUCCAUAUAUUUUUUUCUAAAAUUAACCUGCUUAGUACGGACCCUUACUCCUGUGUCCCGAGUCACAAACUCUCAUGUAUAGUCAACCCCACUUUACGGACACUGUGUAUCUGCGUAAUAUCUAUGACUGAAUAUCUUACCAUAUUUAGAAAACCGGACGCUAACGGCGAAUGCCUUCUCAUAGGUUCUGUAAUUUGGACAUCCGGGUAAUACGGACACUAUAGCAUGUCCCCUUAGUGUCCAUUUUAGGGAGCAACGAGGGCAACGAGAACGGCAAAAAAGCAAUAGGUUUAGAUUGGCAAGAAAACAACUUUGCACGUGCAUCACCCUUUUUUGUACAUUUCUUUGCCGUCACUGCUGCGCGACUACGACGUGAAAGUGCCUAAUUUGACGUUUUGUCGAGGACGGGAAUACAAGAAAACAACCUUCUUUUUCUUUUCCUGAACUUUGAUACAGUCUUUUCGAACUCGGCUCCAAAAAAAUUUGCCAACAUUUGACGAAUUAAACGAGCUGGAGUAAUCGCGAUAAAGUUUGAAGCAGCGCGAAUUCACUUUUUAAGUGACGUUUUCGUAGCCGUCGCUGUCUUCGCUGCUUAAGCUCCGUAUUAACUGUGCUCCACUCUAGUAGCUAGAGCUGGGCUGCCUUGUGUAAAGGCCCCCAAGGGGGACAAUUUAUGCAGGCAAAAUGGUACUUUCCGUAAUACUCUCUCCGUAGUUCAGUUACUAGAACCCCUCAGUGCCCAGUUUUUAACUCGAAUCCUUUCCUGGAGUCAAUUGUUUUUCAUUGUUGUGUUUAUAUUACACCCACAUCCUUUAUAACGUCUUUGACCAGCAAGACUGAAAGUGUCCCGUUUGGUAAUGAUUUGGAAAUAUAACUUCAAAUUGAUCAUCUUAAAAUACAACUAGAAUCCCGAAACAAAUUAGUCUGCUACACAGCCGUUUUUAGUGUCGUCACGCAACGAGGAAGAGCGUUGCGUGACGACACUUAAAACGGCUGUGCAGCAGACUAGAAACUAAGAAGCUGACGUUCUGACUUUUCCAAGGUGCGCACAUAUAUGUUCAAUGUUGCUGGGUGGUGUGUUGCUAUCGUUCUCGCUUUAUCCACACUCUACGGUGAAUACAAAGCUGUAAGAAAGGACAAUCCAAAGCCUUUCACUCGCACCGAAAAUAUCAUAUACGGGACUUUCUCACGCUGCGCAUGGGGCUUGGCACUAGCUUGGGUGAUUUUUGCAUGUCAUCGCGGGCUCGGAGGUAGGUGUCGAUUGAGUUGUUUGCAGUCGAAAAUUUCCUUAACAUUGUAAGUGUUACGGAAACACCCAAAAGGUUGUCUAGAGUUUCGUUCGCUAAUGGACGUAGAUUCCUCUGAGGCACCUUUUUAGGACAAUGUCGGCAUCUCAUAUGAGUGCCUUAAAUAUGUAUCGGUAGAUUUACUGCAGUAACUCGCGUUUAUUGAUUUAUCCAAUGUAGGUUCCACCUAUUUGACUGCAUGUGCAGAGGAAGCGGAAAAAGUGCAAAACACUCUCACGGGGGGUGGGGGAUAAGGGAGGGGGGUUUUCCUCCUUAUAAUUACCUUUACGGGGAGGCUCCGUCCGAAAGGGGUACCUUUUCAGGCCCCAGGUUUAUGAAAGGGUGACCAUUUCUUUAGUUGAAGUCUAUACAAAGGGUAGGGAAAUCUGUCAUUUCGGUUUGUCAAAGGUCCCAAAAGGGCUAACAGGGGCAUUUUAUGGCCGUGAAAAAGUCGAGAAAACUUUCUGGUUUUGUGAUUUAUUCAUAUUUAAAAGACAGAUGCAUUUGACACCAGUUAAUAGGGAUGUGAAGUUCCAAAGUAAGUAUGUAAAAGGGGUACCAUUUGUCAACAGAAGGUAUACGAAAGGGGAACCUUUUCAGUCAAAAAUGUUUUUUUUUAGAAGAGUUGGACCUCUGGGCGGUGCCUUCGCGUUUAAAACUUUGUUGAGCACUUCUCCCCGGAAAUAUGCUUUUCCCCUUACCAGCUUUUGCUUGGUACCGGAAGUUUUUAUUUUUUUGUAAAACAGAAGUUGGAAUUAUUUGGUGGACUUUGAGGAGUAAAUUGUAACAUAUCAGCUGACUUUGAAGCAUAUUUGAGUUCAUUUCAUGUAAUUCUGACUUUGGUUUUCUAUUUUGUAGGUUUGGUGGACAAAAUUCUGUCAGCUCAUUUCUGGAUCCCAUUAAGCCGACUGACUUACUGUGCCUACCUGGUCCAUCCUAUCGUCCUGCUCACAUAUCUCGGUUCCCUGGAGACUAAUCACAACUACUCUGAUGUCCUUAUUGUAAGUAACAAUUCUAAUGUCUUGAGUAAAACCUUUUACUCGAACUAA